AUGCGGCCUCUACGACUGCUUCUCUCGCUGUCGUCGUGCUUGAUCUUCAUCAUUGUCCUGUCGUUUAUCGCUGCAUCCAAGACGAGGACUGUGUCUGCAGCACGCGACCACAACAACCGCCUCGGAGCUUACUUUAGCUGGAAUUCUCCCUCAUCACUGUUUCCACCGUCAGCCAUCAUCAGCUUGACCGACGACAACUCGACAUUCUUCCUCGCCCGCCCCGCUGCCUUCGGCCCACCAUUACCCGGACGAGGCCUUAGCGGUCAGAUUUGGAUCGGCGCCGAAGGAGAGCUUGGUUGCAGCGAUGUUCCGGGAUGGAGCGACGGCGAACACUCUCCUAAAAGCUUCGAGGCGAUCCUUCAGGACGAUAAGAGCAAUAGCUUGGGAAAACAAAGCCAAUCCUCGAACAAGGCAAAGAAGCCGAGUCAUGCUGACAUUCAAUCACUGCAAGAGACAGCAGAGAUCGCAGGCAAAGUCGUACUGCUGAGUCGAGGUGGAUGUGGCUUCCUGGAGAAAGCUAAAUGGGUACAGAGAAGAGGCGGUGUCGCUCUGAUCGUCGGCGAUGAUAUGCGUGGAGGUCCGUUGGUAACCAUGUACGCCCGGGGCGACACGUCCAACGUUACCAUACCUUCCAUCUUCACUUCCCACACCACUGCACACCUCCUGUCAAAGCUGCUGCCCAAGUCGGCUGAACAAAAUUCUGCUGUCCCUCAUGCCGGACCUAAAGGUGGUAGCAUCACUCCGGGAAGUGGAGAAUAUCACCAGGCUGGCGAGAAGCCAAUCAACCUCAAGGCUCCUAAAAACCCCGAGAAAAGCAAGGCGGGUUCCAAGAAGGAUCCGGCUCCUGACAAAUCCAAAUCAUGGAUGGGCCGUCUCGUUGGUUCUGACAAUAUAGAGGACCCCAAGCUCGAAGACGCAAAGUCAUCACGCACGGUAUCACAAGACAUCAGCAAGCCUGUUAGUAAGACUCUUGGUGAGCAUGACAACACAGGCGAGUCGCACGAUGGUUUGUGGGUAACUCUGACGCCUGCAUCCAUGUCCUCUUCGCCGUUCUUUGACACCCUGCUGGUAUUGGUUGUGUCACCUCUUGUUACAUUGACUAUUGUGUAUGCCCUACUACUACUUCGCUCUCGCAUUCGUCGCAGAAGAUGGAGAGCUCCCAAGUCCAUUGUUGAUCGGUUCCCCGUACGAAUCUAUCACACUGUGCCCAGCAGCAACAGCUCCGAUGCUCCGGAAAGUACCGCAACAUCUCCACGUGCGCCGACUCAGACUACACCUCUUCUUCAGGCUGGAGCACGACCCAUCUCCCAAACAAGAUCAAGGCCAAGAUCCCGUACUGUUAGUGAAGUGCCUGUGUCUACUUCCAGCCCUGCGAACACUCCGAGUCUGGAUCCAGUGCAGGAGAAGCGUGAGGCUGGACUAGCCGAAUGGCGCAGAAGAUAUGGUGGUAGGCAGCGUGAUUGUGCGAUCUGUAUCGAUGAGUUCGAGGAUGGUGUCAGUCGUGUUAUGAGCUUACCUUGCGGCCACGAAUUUCAUGUCGAUUGCAUCACACCAUGGCUCACAACCCGCCGCCGUACUUGUCCCAACUGCAAAGCUGACGUUGUGCGUUCAUUCAGUCGUGGUGGCGGCUCUUCGUAUUCGUCAUCGUCUGCUCAACCGCUUCUUGCGCACUCACACGAUGAGUCACUGGAUAUUGACAGCGUACAAGAGCAAGCAGUCAAUACUCGCAACUACGAUCCUGCUGCUAAUGAGCCGGUUACUGAUCUGGAGCAAGGUAGUGUUGAUCCUGACCGCACAAGAUGA